ACACCUGAUACUUGACUCCACCUCCACUCCUCCAUCCAAUCAUCAAGCAGAUAUCACUGUGAUUUCACAACAAUGAUCUCAGGUGUGUUCCUGUCAAUUGUGACGUUCACGUUCUUCGUACAUGAGUAAAAGAACUAUUGUGCAUAUUAUCUCAUUUUUUUAAUCACGAGGUCCGAGGAUGUUUAUACAAGUACAAACCGAGAGUUUGUCUUUUAACAUUUACGGAUGAACGGAGAAGAAAACGCAUCUGAAUUCUUCCAUGUUUGUGACCUGGGGACGUUUUGCAGCACUGGAUGAAAUCGGACCAAAUUUCUAACCAGCAUGCAUUGUGGUAGGACCAGCAUGCAUCACGUAAAGGAAGUUGGUGGGUGGGGCUUAACCUGCUGAGCCGCUGUGUGAUUCGAUAGUGAUGAUCGCGACUGGCGGCCUCCUGCGAAUCAACGCCCGGCGUCAGGACUCACUGAGAAACAAAACACACAAACCACACACACACAAGAAGAAGAGCAAGAAGAGGAGAAGGAGUGAGGUGGUGGUGGUGAAGGGGAAGUUGAAGCUGUGCUCGCUGUCGGGUCUCGUGGCGGCGCUUGGUGUUCUGGUCCUGCUAGGGGGUGUGGUCAUGGCGACUCUGGGCUAUUGGCCCCGAGAUGGACUGUUGUUUAGAGCUCAGCCACAGGAGGGCGCUGCCAUGGCCUCAGUGUCAUCCAUCAGCUCCACACCUGCACCUAUUCAGGGGGGAGAGAGGGGGGAGGAUCUCCAGAGAGGAGAGGGAGACGAUGGAGGGGGAGGAGCUGAAGACACUUUGAACCAGACAGAAACCGCCAAUGGGACGAGCCAUCACCUUCGGCGAAGCUUUGUGGAUGAUUUUCUGGACAG